AUGACUGUAUGGCAGUUACUAUUUGUGGUGUAUUGCUUGUUAGCUACCACCAUUCAAGGGAUAUUUCAAGACUUUAAUCCAUUCGCAAAUAAGAAUAUUUCCUUGAAAUUUCCCAGCAUAAAUGGCUGGGGCAAAAAUAUCAUGGCUGCCGGUCAAAAGACGAUUAUUAAUUCAGAUAGCAUUUAUGAAUGGACCCCGAUCCUGUCCAACAUAACUGGAGGAAAAAAAGAUAGCUUUGUCUUCACUAUCGAUGCAGAAGCUUCUGGUUAUGGGUUUGCACCCACAUACGAAGUACUAAUGUUUAUCAGUGGUAAUAUAUGCCACAUGCCUGCAAAUUCUUCGGACAUAGAUUUAACGAUAUAUUAUUCUUUCAAUGAGUCUAUUUUAGACAACCCAAAUAUUGGUCAAAGCGCAGUUUUCCAAGAUGGUUACAUCCAAGCAUUGGCCAUUAGUCCAGUGCAGUCUUCCAGCUCAAACGCUACCUCCACAUAUUCCAAUCUUUAUGUGGUCACUGAGUUGGUGAAUUCCACUACAAAUGAACCACUACUCAGCUCUGACGCAUUAGAAAAUUGGGAAUACAGAUUGAGUAUCUCAGAGAAUGAUUUAGUCUUCCAAUGGGACGUAAGACCUUGGGUGGAGGUCCUGGAUACCGACAUGAACUCUGCAUUACUCUCCACGGGUAAUGUUACGGCUGAUGCAAAAGUUUACCACAAUUAUUCAAUAUAUGACCCAUCCUUAUACGAUAUAUAUGUUUACUCGUACGAAGAUUCUGCUCUGCUGAGCCAAAACUACAACCUAUCUCUAUGUGCCGUAAAAAACGGACCACAUAUAGUGUCUUCCCAAGAUACACCGAAUGCAACAGUUACAUCAAACGGCACAAGUCCUUUAGAGCGUUCUGACUUGGCCAUCCAAAAAAAAAUUACCGAAUAUGGUGGUAGCGUAACCGAAAUGUUCUACAUCACCGGAUUAAAUGCUUCAACAACGUAUGUGGCGUACCUGACAAAGAAAAUUAGUAACGGUGACGGAUUAUCAAGCGUGGGUGGGAUAUUAUUUUCAUCUGUAUAUUUCUCCACGAGAAGUACCAAUACUUGCUCUUUAAUUUUCGAUUUAGAUUUCUGCGGUGACGUUGCCUAUUCUGUACCUGCAUCCUCAUUUUCCGUGAAUAAUAAGACUCUCAUGGCUCAGACAUAUGAUCACAUCGCGGAAGCACUGUACUCAAAUUUUAGCAAAGCCUUACAGUUAAUAUCCUGUGACGCAGAUAAAGAUGCAAGUUAUUCUCCAAUAAUGUCAUGUGGUGAUUGCGCUGAAGCAUAUCGUGAUUGGGUGUGCGCAGUGUCAAUCCCAAGAUGUAGCACAACAUCUUCUCAGUACUAUAUUCACAGAGAUAAAACGCACAAUCGUAAUGAUUACUUGAAUAAAUUUAUCAAACCUCUGGAUGACUACUACGAAAUUUUACCUUGUAUUGAUAUGUGUUACACAUUAGUACGGAACUGCCCCAGUGACUUUGACUUUGCAUGUCCUGAGUAUGAAACUACGGAGGAUCUACUUUACCAAAGUUACAACUACUACAUGGACACCGAUUAUGCAACAUGCAAUUAUAUAGGUAAUUCGUCAUUGAUGGAGAUUCAUCCUAUGGACGAUACAUAA